AUGAGUGAUAAUGAAGGAAGCUCGGAAAGAAGCCUCGAAUCAGGCCGAGCGUCGUCUACAAGAACGUUGGAUAGUUCCGAAACUCCGCCACCGGAUUUGAAUCGUCUUCGGCCGACACGAGUGCUGGCACGACGUGAAUAUGCUGAGGAUGGAGAUGAACAACCAUUUGAUAUGGUUGAUGGGGAUCUUUGUCGCUGGACGGAAGACGACAUCAGUAAGUUGACUUUAUUUGUGUUUAAAAUUGAUGUAUGAAUGUACUUCAUGUCUCAUGGGUUAACGUUGUUAGAAUACUGUUUUAAUAAUGUUUUAUAUUUAUAUAUUACACUUAACUUUUAGAUCUGAAGUAUGCAGCGGAAAAUGCUCGAUUGCCGUACGAUACCAUGGCCGAUAUUGAAGUAGAGCUGUUUCCAGAACAAUGUGUGGAUAAUGCUACUAAAAAUCUUUAUAUUUUCUUACGGAAUUUUAUUGUAAGUACAAGUUUUUACUGAUUUUGUACCUUUAUCUAUUCUAAUGUGGAGCUUUCAGAUAAACAUGUGGGAUUUGAAUAAUCGAGUCGAAGUAACUUUGGGCUCGGUGUACGACGAGAUUCCUGUUCAAUACAAGGGUUUAUACAGUUUAGUUCCGAAGAUCCACUUGUUUCUAGAGCGUUUUGGAUGUAUUAACCAUGGUGUAUUCACGCGAGUGGCUGAUAUUGAUGGUAAGAAAUGAUUUUUCUGUAAAUUAUGUGAAUUUUAUGUUUAGGAGAAGACGAACCACGGCAUAAACAUCGUGUAGUCGUUGUUGGUGCUGGAAUAGCUGGAUUGGUGUGUGCCAGGCAACUCAGGUUCUUUGGGUUUGAUGUUGUUGUACUUGAAGCGCGAGGGCGAAUUGGAGGAAGAGCCUUUACGCAUCAGGUUGGAAAAGGGCUGGAGCUUGGAGCCGAUAUUAUUGAAGGGUCGAGUACGUUUUUUUAGAUUGCUCGAUGUAAAAUACGCUGGGUGACUCUAAAAUUCGGGAAAAUAUUAUUUAGGUGCUGUAUUUUAUUAAAAAGUUCAAGUUAUAGUGUGUUUCUGACUUGAAAGCUUACUUUUUUAACUAAGAUUCAUAAACAUAUUUUAAUAAUAAUCUUUUGCAGCAGGAAACCCACUACUAACAGUCAUGUAUCAAGAAGGAUUGUCUAAAACAUUGUUGAUACCUUCAUGCCCCGUAUACGACUUUAACGGCGAUAUCUUACCGGAAAAGUUUGUGAAACCGGUGCAGAGGGUGUGGAGGACUCUGUGCGAAGCUGUUUAUCUUCUGACAAGGAUGCCGAAAGGUAUUGAAAGCUACAAAGGCUACAGUGGUUUGUUUGGUGGUAUGUUGGGGCUAUAACAACAGUAUGUUGUGGUCUUGUACGAUAUUGUUUAUAAUAAUUAUAGUUAUCUUUUAUCUACUUUUAGGAUACAAGAAGAUAGACCUUACUUUACAAGAGCUGAGGAAAGAACACCGAAGACGAAUUGACGAGUUGAGUGUUCAAGAGGUUGUGGAUAUGAUGUUAGAGUAGGUGUAAAUUUAUUUUGUUAGUUUUUAUGUUUAGGGCACAAGAAAUGGACGCUAUCGACAAGAAGUUGGAAGCCAGCAAGAGUUUGAAGUACCUUUCAGAGUAUCUGGAGGAAAUUGGGAAAGAGGUAUGUUGUAGACUCUGAAUGAUACCUAAAGUAUUGUCAAUGGUAUCAAAUUUAAUAUUGAAAUAUUUACUUUUCUUACUUCUUGCAAACCUUUUAAAGGCAAAAAAAGUUAGCGUAUAGACUUGAGUUUUACUGUUAAGUUCUAAUAAAAAAAUCAUUUCAGAUGAUAUUGAUCAACGAGUACAUCAAAACCGCAAAAGAUCGUUUGGAAGAGUUGGGAGCAGACAAUAUUGACAUAGAUCAAGAAGAACUGUUCAGUAUUCAGGAUGAAAGCUUGAGGGAAAAAGUUGUGGAGAUACGUUGUCUAGUUGAUGAUUUGGAAACGGCUAAGUCUUCAUUAGAAUAUCUGAUUUCACAGUUCAGCGACGUGGAGAGCGUGUCCAAGAACAUGAAAAACUCGGCACAUUUGUAA